AAAUUAGACAUAAUUAGAAAGGAAAAAAAACUUAACAAAAAAAAGGUGAGGAAGGAGAUGGAAGGUGGUGUUUCUAGUGAUCAAUUUGUUGUGUUCAUGGCCGAUGGCCAUACUCAAGGCAACAAACCUUUAGCCUCUGAGCAUUCCAAUAUUAAUAUCGUUGAUGAGCGAGGAUUAAGUCUAACAAAGGCCCCACAAUCUAUUAAUACUCUUAGAAAGAGAGCCACUCUUCGCCGUCUUGCUUUCUCAAAACCUAAAUCUAGAAUAAUUGAGUUCAGCCUCCGUCCCAAAAUAAAUGUCACUGAUCAAUUUAGAGAAGAUCAGAGUAUCUUAGAAGAAGAUACAGAUAAUAGUAGUAAUGGUCAUGAGAGUAGUACGGACUUCUCUUCCCCCUCUUCUUGGUCAGAAGAGGAGGAAGAAGAAGAGGAAGAGCAUAGUGGGAGUCAAAAGUAUCACACAUGUAAUAGAAAAAAAAGGAAGAUCAAGUGGAGGAGAGUAGGAGAGUGGGCAUUGUUCAUUGCUAUCUUAACUUGCUUGAUCCUUUCCCUUACUUUGACCACCCUCCGACACCGCCCCAUGUGGGCGCUAGUGCCGUGGCAGUGGUGUUUAUUGGUGAUGGUGGUGUUUAGCGGCCGCCUUUGCUCGGGGUGGCUCGUGAGUUUCUUAGUGUUUGUCACAGAGCGAAACUUCAUGUUAAGGGAGAAGGUGUUAUACUAUGUGUAUGGGUUAAGGAAGAGCAUUCAAAGUGUAAUUUGGCUUGCACUUGUGUUAUUGGCUUGGACUUGUAUGUUCGAUGCUCGUGUGCAUGAACAUAAUAGGGUGGUUAAGAAGAUAUCUCAGUUGCUAGUAGCUGUUCUUAUUGCAGCAAUGAUAUGGUUGACCAAGAUUGUGUUGGUCAAGACUCUUGCUUCUUCUUUUCACGUCAGGACUUACUUUGAUCGUAUGAAGGAAAGCGUCUUUCAUCACUACAUACUUGACACACUCUCAGGUCCACCAAUGGAUGAAAUACUAAGGGAAGAGAAUAAAGCAAUAAAAGGGUCAAAAUCUCUGCCAACAAAAUGGAAGAAUGCAAAAAAUGCAAUGAGAUCAAGGAACUCUGGGUCCAGAAAACUGGACAUGGAAAAGCUGAGAAAGCUAAGCAUGGAAAGUCCGAAGUCAAUAUGGAGUUUGAGGAGAUUAAUGAAUCACAUUAGAUCUUCUGGUUUAUCCACAAUUUCAAAGACCGUUGAUGAGUUUGGGAAAGCUGAAGCUGAAAUUAAAAGUGAGUGGCAAGCUAGAACAACUGCUAAACGCAUCUUUAGGAACGUGGCUAAAUGUGGUGCCAAGUACAUUGAGGAAGAGGAUUUAGCAAGGUUCUUAAGGAGAACUGAAAUCCAUGUUAUAUUUCCCCUCAUUGAAGGAGCAAUUGAGACAGGAAGGAUCACUAAGUCGUCCUUCAGAAAUUGGGUUGUACGAGCUUAUUUCGAACGAAAGGCUUUAGCACAUUCUUUGAACGACACCAAAACAGCAGUACAACAACUUCACAAGAUAGCUUCAGGAAUUGUGAGUGUGAUAAUAUUUGUGGUGUUUCUGUUGAUGACGGGACUAGCAACACCGAGGGUAGUCGCGUUUGUCAUCACACAGAUGGUAGUUCUAGGUGUCAUCUUCCACAACACUUGCAAAACCGUCUUCGACUGCAUCAUUUUUGUCUUUGUCAUGCACCCAUUCGACAUAGGUGAUCGUUGCAAAAUCGAUGGUGUUCAGAUGAUUGUAGAAGAGAUGAAUAUACUAACUACAGUUUUCCUGAGGUAUGAUAUGGAGAAGAUCUACUAUCCAAAUGCAGCUCUUCUAAACAUGCCAAUUAGUAACUUCUACCGAAGUCCUGAAAUGUGGGAUACAGUUCCUUUCACCAUAGAUGCCUCUACUUCAAUUGAAGCCAUUAACGCGCUAAAGAAGGCGAUACAAAGCUAUAUUGACAACAAGCCCAGUUAUUGGAAUUCAAAACAUAGUUUCAUAGUAAAAGACAUAGAAGAUCUGAACAAGAUGAACAUGGCCUUAUCUGUGCAACACACCAUCAACCACCAAAACAUUAUUGAACGAAACAUGCGUUUAAGUGAGCUUAUUUUGGAGUUGAAGAAAUUUUUUGAAUCCCUUGAUAUCAAAUAUCACCUUCUUCCACAAGAGGUCCAUCUUACCGAGUUCAAAGCCAACAAGUCGUCGUUGCCAACACCAUCGUAAAAUCCCAUGUUAAUUUGGUAGCAUGUUAUGUAAAUUCAAAUAUUAUUCAUCUUAGGAUCGGAAAUUUUUUGAUGGAAUGAUUAAUAUUUGCUUUGUUACUCAGUCUCGGGUAAUCAUAUCAGAUAGGUAUUAUGUACUACUACAUAUUCGACUCGGCUUUUUCUCUAUGUUAGAAAGAACCCAAGUUUUUGGUGUACCCAGUUAAGCGUUUAUAUCAUGUCAAGAGUAUUGAGAAUCCAA